AUGGUCAUCUUCCUGCCGUCACUGAUACCAUUAGCGUACUUUCUGCGUAAGGCAGUAAAGUUGAAAAAAUACGAGAAGUUUUCGAAGCUCUUCAAGGUUGCUCCAGAACACCCAGCCUUCCUUCGUAUCAACGCUAAGACUAUCCUUGAACCUGGAGAAGAUGUGCCGACAUACCAGGUGGAUGGGCAGAGGAAGCUAUUCUGCUGA